AUGGAUGUCGUGCUCGAAAUCGCAGAUACCCUCGCGGGAGACUACAUUUACUCCAAAGUCCUUCCAUUACACCCGGUUGCUCCCCAUGACCUCCCAGAUGUCGGUGCCAACUCCACUCAGGUUCUGUCAUCAUGGCAGUUCAAGUCAGCGAACCCUUACUUCCAACUCGAGCCCAGCGAAUAUGCGUACAUGAGCGCCUGGGAUAGAGAUAACCCAUAUCGUCAAAGUACUUCGUUAUUCCUCAUCACAUGGGUCUUUGGCUUCGUGCUAUACUUCCUAUUUUCGACCCUUUCCUAUAUCUUCGUCUUUGAUAAGAAAACAUUCCAGCACCCCAAGUAUCUUAAGAACCAGAUGUGGCUUGAGAUCAAGCAGACCAUGAGGUCGAUGCCCAUCAUGUCGGCCUUGACCGUCCCCUUCUGGCUUGCCGAUGUUCGCGGUCUCACGAAGCUAUACGACACACCCGCCGAUGGACCUGGCAUGUGGUACGAGAUCUUGCAGUAUCCCUUUUUCAUCUUGUUCACCGACGCUUGCAUCUACUUGAUCCAUCGUGGCCUACACCAUCCGUUGAUCUACAAGCACCUGCACAAGCCUCACCACAAGUGGAUUAUGCCUACUCCCUACGCUUCCUACGCUUUCCACCCUGUCGACGGUUGGUCGCAAUCGCUCCCGUACCACAUCUUCCCCAUGCUGUUCCCGUUGAAUAAGUUUGCCUCUGUUGCCGCUUUCGUCUUCGUCAAUUUCUGGACCAUCAUGAUCCACGACGGCGAGUACAUGGCUAACAGCCCCGUUAUCAAUGGUGCCGCCUGCCAUACUAUGCAUCAUCUGUACUUCAACUACAAUUAUGGCCAGUAUACCACCUUAUGGGAUAGGCUGGGCUCGAGCUACCGCAAGCCCGACCCCGAUCUAUUCCAGAAGGAGAAGAAGAUGGGCGAGGCGCAAUGGAAGGCACAGGUCAAGGAGAUGGAAGCGAUCGUGAAGGAGGUCGAAGGCGAAGACGACCGCAGCUACGAUGCCGGAAAGGUCAAGAAGAAUAACUAG